CCGUGCUUUGCUCUUCCUUCGACCUUCUUCAUAACAAGCAACCGUGGAAGAAUAUAUAUAUAUAUAUAUAUAUACAGAAGAAGCAACUUCAAGACGCCUGCUCAUUAAAGCGUUAAAGGUUUUGGAUAAAGUAGGAAAUUAACAGUGUAUAUAUAUAUAUAUACAUACAUAUCGAUCAAGUUUUGGUAAUUAAUUAAUGGGAUUGAGGGAGAUAGAGGCGAGGCUGCCUCCAGGGUUCAGAUUCUACCCGAGCGACGAAGAGUUGGUGUGCCACUACCUCUACAACAAGGUAGUAACUCAGUGGAGCCAUGACGAUCAGGAAGGAGAAGGAGAAGGAGAAGGAGAAGCUGAAGGAACGAUGGUGGAGGUGAAUUUGCACACCAACGAGCCAUGGGAGCUUCCAGAUGUAGCUAAACUGAGCACUGCGGAGGAGUGGUACUUCUUUAGCUUCCGCGACCGCAAGUACGCGACUGGAUUGCGCUCCAAUCGAGCCACCAAAUCGGGUUAUUGGAAAGCUACGGGGAAAGAUCGAGUCAUUUGUGAUCCGAGAACGCAGGUCGUCGUGGGGAUGAGGAAGACGCUGGUGUUUUACAGAGGUCGAGCUCCCAAUGGGACCAAGACUGCUUGGGUCAUGCAUGAGUUUCGCCUUCAAACUUCCAAUUCUCCUCCCCAGCAGGAGGAUUGGGUUCUGUGCAGAGUGUUCCACAAGAGGAAAGGAUCAGGAGAUCAAGCAGCAGCGGUAGCUCAUGACACAACUUUGAGCUCGCCACCAUCUUCUUCUUCGCCUCCUCGACAGCUCAUGAACCCGCCCGUGGCAGCAGCAGAUCAUGGAGCAGUAGUGUUCACCGACCAUUUCAUGUCCCAUGACGAUCUCUCUAAUUCCCUGCUGCAUUACUGCAGCUCAUCAUCAGAGCAGGAUGAGCUAGGGUUCUUGGCGGACGUGGGGUUGGAUCAGAUAAUUCAGCAGCACAGCUUGGGGGUUCAUCAGACACCGAGGUGGCAGUAUCACUAAUUAUUGUCUAAUUAAUUAGAGUUUAUUUUGGAUGGAUCAGCUGGGAAAAGUCGAUUUGAAUGUGAAAGACUGUGACUGCAAUGCACAUUACAUUGUUUAUAUAUAUAUAUAUAUAUAUAUAUGUCUGUGUACAUGUAUAUGUAUAUAUUUAUAUAUACGCAUAUCUUAUUAUAUAUUGUAAUUUUCAGUACGUGUAAUAUAUAAUGAUUGCAUUUCUUA